AUGUGGCUCUCCAGGGCGCGGGCCAUUUCCUCUGCGAACACCCUAGUGCUGCAUGUAUCCCUGAAUCGGUAUGUAAAUACGGUAUGCAAUUUCCUGUUUUCCAUCUGUCUUACUUAUGUCUUACCAGCUAAAGUCCAGGAAGAGAUUGACCGUGUCAUUGGCAGAGAGCGGAGCCCCUGCAUGCAGGACAGGAGCCACAUGCCCUACACGGAUGCUAUGGUGCACGAGGUCCAGAGAUACAUUAACCUCCUCCCCACCAACCUGCCCCAUGCAGUGACCUGUGAUGUUAACUUCAGAAACUACCUCAUCCCCAAGGGCACAACUAUUAUAACAAAUCUGACUUCUGUGCUGCGAGAUGACAAAGAAUUCCCCAACCCAGAGAAGUUUGAUCCUGGCCACUUCCUGGAUGAGGGAGGCAACUUCAAGAAGAGUGACUACUUCAUGGCUUUCUCAGCAGGAAAACGGAUGUGUGCAGGGGAGGGCCUGGCCCGCAUGGAGCUGUUUUUAUUCCUGACCACCAUCUUACAGAAGUUUACCUUGAAAGCUGUGGUCGAUGUAAAGGACCUUGAUGUCACCCCAGUUAUGAAUGGCUUUGCUUCUGUGCCGCCUCCUUACCAGCUCUGCUUCAUUCCUGUGUGAAGAAGGACAGACCUUCUGUCAGCAACUCCCGCUCAUCUGGGGCAUCGUUCAUCUCUUUCCCUCUCCAUCCCCGUCCUGGGGGUCCCUUCUCUGACCUCUCCUCUCCUCAUCACCCGCUUCUCUCAAGAUCCAGGAUUAUGCAGCCUCCAUGAAAGGACCAUUUCCUGAGUCUCACUGGGCAAUGGAUCUGCUCUUCUCCAUACUCUGAAACAUUUGCACUCGCCACACGUAUGCUAACAUAAUGCUGAGUGGUACUGUGUAGCCAAUAUGAACAGAGCUAGCUGAUUACUGUGCGCCA